AUGAAUUCAUCUUCUUUAGGUUCCUUCAUUCUCACACCACCACCACCAUGCAAAUUCCACAAUCCCCGUUUUCAAACCAAACCUCAUCUCAAUUUCCACCAUUCCCUCAAACCAAAAUUCAAUUUUUCCACUUCUCUUAAAGCCACCGAACCAGUUUCAAUCCCUGAAGAAGACACGUCUUAUGUCGCAGUUGAAGACUUCGUCGACAAGGAUUGGUCAGUUCUUGACUAUACUGGACCAAGCACUGACCGCAUUAUAGCAUCUGGUAAAAUUGACGAGAAUUCAAAGGUUUUGGUUUCGACUGCUUCUGAAGAGUUUGUUGAUUCUUUGGUUGGUUGUUCUAAAUUCAAGUCUUUGGUUGUUCUUCAUGACUCGCUUUUGAUAUUGGCUCUUCUUGUUGAGAAAUAUGAUAAUGUUAUGUGUUGGCAAGGAGAGGUUACUAUUGUUCCUGACACAUGGGCUCCUUUUGAUGCUGUGUUUCUUUACUUUUUGCCUGCUUUGCCAUUCAAACUUGAGGAUAUUCUUGCCUCUUUGGCUCCAAAGUGUUCACCUGGUGGAAGGGUGAUUGUCAGCCAUCCUCAAGGGAGAGAAAUACUGAAACAGCAACGACAACAGUACCCGGAAGUAGUAGUUUCUGAUCUUCCCGACAAAGCACAUUUACAAAGUGUUGCAGCUGCUUAUUCCUUUGAUGUGGCUGAGUUUGUGGACGAACCUGACUUUUACUUGGCUGUUUUGAUCUGCUCUAGGACUUAA